AGAGAAACUCAAAACAAAAUUAGAAAAAAAUUAGAUAAAUUGGCAGCACAAACAAAAAAAUACUCUUGACCUAUUUCCCAGUUUGAUUCAACUUCCGGUAGUGAACAGAAAUGACAUGGAUCUAAAAAAUCAAGACUUUCCCCCUCUCAAAUAAAAAUUAAUAUCUCCCCUUCCACUUGUCAUACAGUGAUAAAUUUAGUAUGGUUGGAAAUAUUUUUUCAAGCCCUAUUCAACCAUAUAGGUUUUAUUAGUAUAUUUUUUUGCACAUAGGUUUGGUGUGUGAAGUUAGCAUAUUUUCCUUGCAACUACAAUGCCUGAAGGACCAGAAUUACACCUAACUAGUUUGUUUAUCAACAAAACUUGCAAGGAUCUUAUAUUUAGUGGUAGAGUUCUGAAAAACCCCAUUCACAAAUGUGCUGACAUAGACUGGGAUGUACCAUCAUAUACUAUUACAUCAGUAUCCAGAGGAAAGGAAAUUAUACUACAGCUAAAGGAGUGUAAAGACAACAGACACAAUACUGAAACUGAAAAUGUAGAAAAUAAGAAACCUACUUCUAAAAAAAGAAAAAAUACAACUUGUAAUGGGGAAAAAUCACAACUGACAAAAGCAAGAGACUCAUUAUCAAGCUCAGAAUUAAAUAUUCUUUUCACAUUUGGUAUGAGUGGCAAGUUUGAGCUUACUUCUGCAAAUGAAUGUCCAAAACAUUCGCACCUGAGCUUUAUUACCAAAAAAGAACCCAAAAGGGCUCUCAGCUUCAUAGAUCAACGUAGGUUUGGAAAAUGGUAUGUUGGAAAGUCUUGGUCACCUGACAGAGGACCCUGUGUCAUAACAGAAUAUGAAGAGUUUGUAAAAAAUCUUGCAAACAAUUUGGACGAUACAGUUUUUAAGAAACCAAUAUGUGAAGUGAUGCUGAAUCAAAAAUACUUCAAUGGUAUUGGAAAUUAUCUUAGGGCUGAAAUUUUGUACAGAUGCAGAAUCCCCCCAUUUGAGAGAGCCAAUACAGUGCUGAAACUAAGUAAAAGUAAUGAAGACAGUGAAAUGACUGAUGUGGGAAAUGUUGGCAUGCAACUCAAAAAAACUACAGCAGACAGUCCAGUUUCUCAUGUGAAGACAGAUUUGCUGGUUGAUGAGCAAAGUAAUUCUCAUAUUCAUGAACUUCAUCCUCAAAGUCAAGAGUUAGUGAGAUUGUGUCACACAUUACCAUUAGAGGUUGUACAGUUAGGGUGCACAAAAUACACACUUGCUGACAUGUACUCUGAAGAUAAUGCUGAUGGGAGCCCUGGUUUUAAUGACUGGUUGCAGUGCUACUACAAGCCUGGUAUGAAAAACAUGUCUGACAGUAAUAAAAGAACAAUCUGGUUCUCUGGUCCAGCAGGCCCAUUUGCACCUACAAAUUCAAAACCACGCAUAAAAUCUGUAAAAUCCAAGAAAGGUCAAUCUGUUAAAAAGCCUAAAGACCAAAGUAAAAAAUCCACAGUUGAAAGAAGAGAAUCCCAGUGUGAAAUUGAUAGCAGUCCUCCAGAAAUCAAACAGGAAAUACAACUUAAAUCUGACAGAAAAAGAAGCAAGUCAAAAAUUAAAAGAGACAUUUCUCAAACAGAAUUUAAAACUGAUUCAGAACCUACCAUCAAGUCAAGAAAAUGUGAAAAAUCAAAUGAAACAUUCGAAUUUAAACCUGACAAAGCACAACUGAAAAAUCGUGGACAUGAGAAAAUAUCAAUCAAUGAAAAAACUAUGAAGAAAGCCAAAACAAUAUGUAAACACAAGUCAAGUCAAUUAAAAUCAGAAACAGUCAUUAAGACAAAAAACAAACAAACACCUAGGAAAUCGACAAGGUAUUCUACAGUUUGACAGAUUUCUUUGCAUUUAAACACAGAAAAAAACAACAUUUUAUUGAUUCUGAAAAUACUUUAUUUACACAAAAAAAGCUAUGUACAUAUCUAAGAACAUUAAGUUCUUUGAUGUAAAUUUAGUUUUUGAACUAAAUAUUUACAUAUUCAAUGUACAAAAGUGAUGUUCUUGCAAGACUUCCACACCAAAUUAUUACCAGCUGAUAGUAAUAAACUUUAUUUUUCUUAAUUAAAA